AUGGACGCUUACUCAAUUUCAUAUUCCAGUUCGUCGAAAGGCAAAUCCUCGAGAAUCUACCAGGACCUCAGUUCUACACACUUCUCUAGCUUCCGGGGUCUGGGUCAAGAACAGUCCCUUCGAGAGCUGAGCACUAUGGAUACUUGCCGAAUGCGUAGCCACAGCGGCAGCAAAAAGCCCCAUGUUGGCAUCGUCGGCGCUGGCUUAGCCGGACUGCGUUGCGCAGAUAUCGUCCUUCGCCAUGGGUUUCAAGUGACCAUCCUAGAAGGGCGUAACCGCAUCGGAGGUCGUCUUCACCAGGAGAAGCUAUCAAAUGGGCAUCUCGUGGAUAUGGGUCCCAAUUGGAUCCACGGCACCAAGGACAAUCCGAUACUCGACAUUGUCAACGAGACCAAGACAGAUGUCGGCAGCUGGGACACGAGGUCGUACGCUUUUGACGAGUUUGGUGGCUUGUUCGACGUUGCCAAGAGCGACAUGUAUGCCGAUAUAAUGUGGGAUAUUGUGCAAGACGCCUUCAAGCACUCGAACGACUUUUCGGCUGAGAUUAACGAAAAGGAAAGCUUACAUGACUUCUUUACUGAAAAAAUGGCAGAGAAAAUACCCGAAACCGACCAGGACUGGCAGAUGAAGCGACACAUUGUCAUGCAGAUGUCCGAGCUAUGGGGUGCCUUUGUUGGCAGUCCGAUCGAGAGGCAAAGUCUCAAGUUCUUCUGGCUAGAGGAGUGCAUAGAGGGAGUUCUGACUAAAGCAGAGAAUCUCUUCUGCGCCGGCACGUAUAAGAAGGUACUUGAAAGCGUUGCUGCACCGGCGCUGGCAGAGGCAAGCAUACAGUUCAACAUUGUAGUUGACCAAAUCACGACCCGCAUUCAGCCUGGAGACACAAUAAAAGUUCAUGAAAAGAAUGGGAGCAGCCUGGAGUUUGACGAGGUGAUAGUCACCGCUCCUCUGGGCUGGCUCAAGCGAAACCUGGACAUAUUUGAACCUAGCCUACCAGCCCGCCUGACUCAAGCAAUCAAUUCGAUUGGAUACGGUAGUCUUGAAAAGGUGUACAUCACUUUCCCCGAAGCGUUCUGGCUCUCUCAAGCAGACGACGACCAGAAGGUCCAAGGCUUCAUCCAAUGGCUUUCUCCCGCUUAUGCACCCGACACGAACCCUGAGAGAUGGUACCAAGAUGUUGUCGAGCUCGCCAGUCUCACACCCGAGACCUCACAUCCUACACUCUUGUUCUACAUUUACGGCGCUCAGUCUGAGCACGUCACGACGCGGGUUGCGGAACUACAGACGAAGCAAGAGAAAGACGAAUUCCUGCUUGCCUACUUUAGACCUUAUUACUCUCGCCUACCCCACUAUAAGGAGUCUGACGAACGAUGCCAGCCGACAAGCUAUCUGUCAACAGCCUGGUCCAAGGACGCACUUGCAGGGCAUGGCAGUUACAGUAACUUCCAAGUUGGCUUAACUGAAGGCGACCGUGACAUCGAGGCAAUGAGACGUGGGCUUCCGGAACGUGGCCUUUGGCUUGCUGGCGAGCACACAGCACCCUUCGUGGCUUUGGGUACAGCGACUGGGGCCUACUGGAGUGGCGAAGCAGUCGCAAGGAGACUUGCGGAGUCUUAUGGUAUGAAGACGGCCGAAGUAUCACAGUGA